UGGCGUCGGUCCUAGUUGUCAUCUUGGAAUAAUUUCUGUCCACAUCCUCCGCAAACGUCUCGCUGCGCAAACACGACCCGACACGACACGGCCUUUACUCCUGCAGAAACAGAGAGCGUAUCGACCACGAAAGAACAACCUCUGGGAAGACCACAAGAGAAAAGCGGAACGAGCGUGCCAAACGGCGUCCCGCCACCAUGUUCGGCAUAGACUGGCUGAGCCUAGUGCUCCCCUUCUCCUACAUCCUCGUCCUCGGCGGCACCUUUGUUACCUUUUCGACCGUCUACAGGAAACGGAAGGCCACGCAAAGCGCCAAUCUUGCGCCCUGGUUCCCGCCGCACCUGCAGCGCAACAUCUACCUCUCCCUGCUCCACCUGGAUCCCGAGGAUGGGAGCGGGAAGGGCCCCAAGGUCCCCGAGAGCGUCCUGCGCGCCGCCCUGUUACGCCGCGCCGUCGAGGACAUCCACCGCAUCAUCCAGAUCCGCACUGCCAAAACCGCAUGCAGCUCCCUGCUCGCCAGGGGGAGCGUCGGCGACGACCUGUGGCAGCGCUUCAGCCGCGCCGAGAAGGAGAUGGAGGAGGAGCUGCGCGACGUUGUGAUGGAGGCCAAUGCGCUCGCUCCCAACUGGGGUCAGACCAUCUUCCAGUCCGCCAACGAGAUCGCGGCCAACACGGUGCUGCGCAAGCGGCUCGACGAGAUCCAGGCGCAGGCCGAGUCCGAGAAGGCCUGGUGGGACAAGCGCCGGGCCGCCAUCCAGACCGACUUUAUGAAGGAGAUCGACGCUGACGACGACGCCUCGAGCGUUGCCGCCAGCGACGCCAAGGCCACGCCCUCGUCCCCGGUCGUCACCAACGCGAGCAGCACCAAGACGACCAGCAGCGAGGACGACGGGGUCCUUGUUGAUGCCGCAUCGCGCGCGUCCACCCCCGCCCCGCCCACCCCUUCCAAGAAGAAGAGGGGCAGGAAAUGAGGGCCGAACCGCGUCGAGAGAUGAGGGCGUCUUCCUUGGUUUUGUUCUUUUUUCAGCCUCGGUUGACGCACACGCACGGUUCGGACUGCGGAACCGGGAGAGGUGACGGCUUGGCGUCUCCUACGGCCAAGGUUGGUGAUAUUGGUUGCAUGGGCAGACUGGAAUCUGACGCAUGGCGUUUAGGGGAAGAAACUGGCUUUUAAACGUUGUAUAUCACAUGGCCCAAUACCUUGGCUGGUACCGUGCCUGCCGCACUUUUAGAGAUGGCCAGCAGGGAACACCACAUCGAGCCAGAGCGGUGUAAAUAAGAGUGCUUACAUUUUUGUUAUUAUUCUUUGUCCUGGCGUCUUGCUGCUCUCAAAAACAUUUCUAGCGCAGGCGAUUAGAUGGGGAGAUUCACCGUGGUGGUGGUUUAAUGGAGAGAUUGAUUUAUUACUCAAGGA